GCCGUUCAUGUGGCUAACGGAUGUGUGCCACGUGUAGUGACCGUUGGGGGGGGGGAGGUCUAUAAAUACCCCUCUCCCUCCGAAGAAGCUCCCAAUUGCAUUCUUGAGAUAACGAAGUGCUGCCCAAUUCUAGAGAGAUAAAGGUUGUUCGAGUGUUCUUCAAAACUUCAAACAUCUAAAGGUCAGUUCAUCACACUUUCCUCCGAUUUCUUGCAUACUUUGCUUUCAUAGGGCCUUGAUCUAGUGUUAGUAGAAAAUCACCCUUAGAUCCAAAGUAAUCCCCUCUAGGCUUUAGCUAGUUGUUAUGAUGAAACCUUUGGACGAUGAGUACUACCCAUAUGACGAUGAGGCCUCCGUUAAGUCCCUUGACUACCGGGUAGUAGAAGAAUGUUGCGAGGGGAUAGAGGACCUGAGCUCCUUCAAGUCAUGGCAGCAAGAGGACAAUGAGGGUGAAGACGAAGAGGCCGCCUCGUCGUCUGAAGGUGAGGACGUAGUGGUCUCCCGUGCCGAAGCCGGUUUCUGCCGUUAAGGGGACCGCCCUGACGAGAAGGCGCCAUCCGAAGAAGGGUCCAGGUUAUUCCUACCUGGACCUCACGAACAUCUACCUGAUCAAGCCGGAGAGCUGCGCGGCUGAUUACUUGGUGGCCCAGAUGUAUGUGGGGCCGUAUGGAAGGGUUAAGGCCCCUAAGCCGACGGACCACGUGUUGAAUCCACCUCCGGGGUACUUUGGAGUAUACCCUAUGAGCUUUGCUAAGGGGCUUAGGUUUCCCCUCCAUCCGUUCAUCACGGAGUACUUGGACAUGGUGGGUCUCCCUCCGGCCUUGUUGACUCCAAACAGCUAUUCACUCAUCGUCGGCUUCCUCCUUCGCUGUGAUGAGUUGGACUUUAGGCCGACAACGGCCCUGUUUAUGAAUUUGUACCAGAUCGGCCGAGGGAGCCACAAGAAUUGUGCCUGUUACGCCACCCUCCAGCAGAUAAAGAACAAGAGGUCCUUCACCGAUCUUCCUUCGUCCAUUCAUGGCUGGAAGAGUAAGUUCGUCUUUGUGUCCUUGGGCGAGGGUGGCACCGAAUUUCCCUCCAUCGGCCAUGACGGGAGAUUUAACCUCCAUGAUGUGCCGAAGAGUAGCAUCUUAGAUGCCCAGGUGACGACAUUCUUGAAGGGAGGGCCGAGGAGUGUGAAAGAAUACAUUACGGAGUACAAAAUGACCUCCAUCGGCUUUAUGAGGUACUUUUGAGGAUGACAAUGAGAGUGACACCGAGAUAUGGCAAGGAGAGUGACACCGAGAUAUGGCCGAGGAUGACCACCACUUUUGAGGAGGCCGAUGGCCCGGAUUUAAGCGUGCCUACCGAAGCUGAUGGUAAUACCCUCCUCGGCGUCCUUGUCUUCAUUUGGUUUUUCCUCCUUGCUAACUGUUUUCUUUUUGUUAUGCAUACUUUGUAAUGGACCGCAUAUCCGUUAUGGCCCUAGCUAAGGCAAAGGCGAAGGAGGACAUGGCCGCCAAGGAGGCUGCGAAGCUGGCCGCUGCGAGUGGCGCGCAACCGAGCUCGGAUGUGACGAAGAAACCGCCCACCUAGCCGAAGAAAAAGCGGCCAGUGGACGAAGGUCAGAAGAAACUGACCGAGGCUGGUAUGCAGCCUUCCAAGAAGACGAAGAGGGCUUUUCCUUCGGCCGAAGCUGACGCCGGGGCUUUGACUACGUCGGCUGAAGAUGCUGGGGGUUCCAAUGCCAUUGCUGUUGUCGACAUGGUUUCUGCCCCUUCGUUGACUGCUAUGUCCCAGCCGCCCCCUAUCAGCCAGGACUCCCGGAAGAAGAGGGCCGGGAAGGAGCUUGUCGUCGGGACCUAUAAGCUGGAGGUUGAGUACCAUGUAAAGGGUGGCGUUUUCAACGACGUCGUCGACGGCCACGAUGUGCUUGCUCAAGUCGUCCCGGUCAAGGACCGGGCUUAUCUGAAGAAGCUUGGCCUCGUCAGGAUUUAUGACGGUGGGAUGGACCUCGUCGUCCAAGGGGGCCUUAUGCUGAUGGAGAGCUAUAAGAGGCAGGAACAAGAGAUUGCUCGGCUGAAAGAGGCUGAGCAGAAAGCUGCUUUGGCCGAGGAGGCCAUGGCCUGCCUAGAUCGGCUCCGGGGCGAAGUAGAGACCCUGAAGAACAGGGCAGAUGAAGCCGACGUGGCCUAUCGCCAAGUUGCGGCCGAUAGGGACGACGCCCUGAGGGUAAAAGAUGAGGCGCUAAAGGGCCGUGAUGAAGCCCUACUCUGAGCGGAGGACGCCGCGAAGGCCCAAGCUGAAGCCGAGAAGGCUGCUGAGGAAAGCUGUUGAUGCCGCAGUUGAGAAAUUUCUGGCCGAAGGCUGGAAAACGGAAGACCGUCGGCCCUGAUGCUACGAGGCUGUGGUGGACCGGCUAGAAGACUGGGGCCAGAACAGCCCUGCCAGCCAAGAUUACCUCCAAAGGGAGAUGCCAGUUUAUUACGACAUGGGCCAGCAGCGGAUGCAGCGGCUGAUCUACCGGAGGCUGCGUCGUGGCCUUAAGGUGCUGAAGCUCACCCGAAAAUGGGCUCGGACUCACUUGAAGCUUCCCAAGAAUAUGAGGGACCCAGAGGAGGAGGUGAAACUUCCUCCCUCUGAAAGGCAGGCCCCGGUGCUAAGUUCCUCCAUCGGCGAAUCUGACUGGUCCGAUGACGAUGUCUUGGGGGAUACUGCUGCCUCUAGUGCCGAAACCAGCGCAAGUGUUGCCGCCGAGGAAGGUGGUGAGGGUGUCACCGAACAAGGCGUUGUGGAGCAGGCCGCCAAGGAGGCCAGUCAGGGGAGUUGAUCGACUGGCUCUUCUUUGUUUUGUACUUUGUAUCUGUACUAGUUACUUUUUUUUUGUAAAGGCCGAUGUGCCCCCCUUGUGUAAUGAAUUUCAAAUGAAUGGAAAUAGUCGUUGCUUCUGGCCUUUGUGUAUUCUUCGUCUUGUGUCAUUCCCCACCCUUUUUAUUUUACUUGCCAUUUUUCUAAGUGUCAAACAAGAACUCAGGAACGUGCUUCCUGUAGUCGUGGCCGAUGAAGCGUCCUGCCCUUUGUUCGGCUGAGGGGGAGAUGUCUUCUUCGUCUUUGUAAUGUUUGGCAUCCCACAUUUUAUGAAAAUACUUCUAAGUGUUUAGCUUAGAGUAUAGCUGCUUAGUCCUAGUGUGGACGAUGGUGGUUGUUGGCCCUUUCUUCGGCCUCAGGACCCUCGUCGGGCGUUCUGGGUGCCCCUUGGGAAUUUUUCCAAAUACUUGGAAAAUUUUCUAAGUGUUGGGCUGAUGACAGGCUUCGCCCUUGGGUCGGCUGAGUGAGUUUCCCCUGGACCAUUUUAGUUACAUGCCGGCUAUCUCGUGCCCUCGUCGGCCACUAGAGUUUACCUUGGAGAUUUUGUCCAAGUUUUUUUUGCUGUAUGAAUGCUUUCGUCCAUGAUGUAUAGUAUUUGCCUGAACGAUGGAAGGUUUUGAUCUUGGGAAACUUGUGCGUGUAUGCUUCGUCUGUACUAUCCCUUUAAUGGAAAUAGGUGGUUAACUUUGCACGCCUUAGUGUCUCCCUCGGCUUGUGUACUUUCUCCUGUUAUCCCUCCAUACUUAGAAAAUAUGCAAGUGUUGAGUGAUCAUGUACUCAUUUCACCUUGUUGUGGCCGGUGAGGGUGAUGACCCUUGUUUCGCCCAUCCGAGUGCCACAUGGGAAUUUUCCAAGUGUCUUUGGGAUGGUUUGCAAGUGCACGCUUCGUCCAAGGAUUGCCCGGGGCUAGGCUUGGGUGGGUGGUAUUAAGUUUACAUUUUUCAUUUUAUCUGAUAUGUACUUAGUCAAUUUUGGGGAUUUUAUUUUUAUUGCUCAUAGUCGGCUAGUGCACGGUCCAUCGGCUUCCCUCUUUUGUGCUUGGGGAUAUCGCUCUAGGCCGACAAGUGCACGGCCCUUUGGCUGUCCCUCUUUUAUUUUUGGAGAUAUCGCUUUAGGCCGGCAAGUGCGCGGUCCUUCGGCUGUCCCUCUUUUAUUUUUUGGGAUAUCGCUUCAGGCCGGCAAGUGCACGGUCCUUUGGUUGUCCCUCUUUUAUUGUGUUCCUCUUUACUUGGAGCGAGGAGUGGACAUCCUUCUUUCAGGCUUCGGCCAAGGGGGUCGAUAGUCCCUCGGCCGGUAAGGAGUCCUACUGGAUCGUCCUGUGAUCUCAGGGAGGUUCCGUUACCUAUUUAUGACGCGUGCUAAGGCUUUUGGUCGGUUACCGACGGCUGCCGUUUUCAUCCCUAAGUUUGGGGAUUUUUUUCACCUUGGCCAUGAUUUCAGACCUGUCGUCCUGCGAUUUCGCGAGUGGACGACGCGGUGAGCUUCCCAUUUCAAGACACGGGCUCUUUGCGGGCCCCUCGUACUGGGGACACCGUCGGCCUUUCCUGAGCGUCUCGCUCUAAGGGGCCGAUACGGUGUGCUCUGUCGGCCUUUCCUGAGCAUUUUCGCUCUAAGGGGUCGAUGUAAUAUAGUGUUUUUUCCUUGAACUUUUUUAGAAAAAAGUAAGUAGAAUACAACUUUCAUUGAUAAGUGGCUCGAGGCCGAGGGUGGCAUUCGAUCAACAACCCGUGGGAAAGUGAGGGCUUUGCCGGCUGCGCCAUCCUCGGAUUAUUGAUAGAAUUUCACCAAGUGAUGUACAUUCCACGUUCGUGGUACAUUAGACCCAUUCUGGUGUUUUAGUUUGUAGGUGUCGGGCUUGACUACGGUGCUGAUGAUGUAUGGGCCUUCGUACUUGAGUGCCAGUUUGCCACCUUCCGUUGGCCUACUCGCCUCCCUUCGGCGAAGGACAUAGCCCCCCACUUGGAAUUCCUGGGAACGUACCCUAGGGUCAUAGUAUGAUUUCACUUGACACCGGUAGUUUUCUGCCCGAAUGAAGGCUUGCUCUCGUCGUUCUUCGAUCAGGUGGAGGUCGAUCUUCAUGUUUUCUUUGUUGGCUUCAGGUUCGUACUGCUGCACCCGUUGGCUAGGUAUAGUGACCUCUGUUGGUGCCUUUGCCUCGAAGCCAUAACAAAGGGCAAAAGGUGUUUCAUCCGUCGCCCUCCUCGGCAUAGUACGGUAGCACCACAGAAUAUUGGGGAGCUCGUCGGCCCAGCUGCCUCCUGCGUCCUGGAGCGUCUUCUUCAGGCCCUCCAGAAUGGUUCUGUUGGCGUUCUCAACUUGCCCAUUACCUUGAGGAUAGGCAACGGAGGAGAAACGGUGCUUGAUUCCCCACUCCUGGAGGAGCUCUUGGAAGGGUGCGGCCUCGAACUGGGUGCCGUUGUCGGAUAUUAUCUCCUGGGGGACGCCGAAGUGGGUAAUGAUAUUCUUGUGGACGAACCUCUGGCAUCUAACCCCUGUAAUGCUGGCCAAAGGUUUCGCUUCGACCCACUUGGUGAAGUAGUCCACUGCGACGAUGAUGUAGUGGUUGUUGCCAGCGGCUCUGGGCAAGGGGCCGACCAGGUCGAUUCCCCAUCUUGAGAAUGGGAUUGCGGUGCUGACCGGUGCAUAGUUGACGGCUGGCCGACCAGGGCCUUUUGAAGGACCUGGCAUGCAGUACACUUCCUUGCAAGAUUGGCACAAUCCCGCGCCAUCGUCGGCCCGAAAUAGCCCUGGACGACGAGACGCCGGGACAUGCUGAAAGGGCCCUGAUGUGAGGAGCAGAUGCCACAAUGGACUUCCUCCAUGGCCAUUUCGGCCUCAUCUGGGAGCAGGCAUCGGAGGAGAGUGCCGUUGUAAGAUCUUUUGUAAAGUUUCCCAUCCUCGAUGGUGUAGCUUGGGGCCCUGAUUUUGGCUAGCUUGGCUCUCUCCUCGUCCUGGGGCAGUUCUCCCGAGGUGAUGAAGGUUGUGAUGUCGGUGAUCCAGUCCUCCGGCCGAUGUCGGAUGCACAUGACCGGGUAGGCAUGGAUGCUGGACAUGCUCAGCUCCUCGACCUUGGCUAUCUUGGAGAUGUGUUCUGGAGUGUCUGUACUGAGUUUGGAGAGGAUGUCGGCCUCAGCAUUCUCCGCCCUUGGGAUCUGGGUGAUCUCAUGGGUUUCAAAUGCCUUGUGCAGCUCCUCGACCGCCUACUUGUACUAUCUCAUCCUCCCCUCCUUGGCCUCGUAUGAGCCCUCGAUCUGGCCCAUGACUAGCUUGGAGUCGCAAUUGAUUUUGAUGUGUCGCGCUUUAGGCUGGCGGCGAGUCUGAGGAGGGCCUCAUACUCGGUUUCGUUGUUGGAUACCAUGAAGUUGAAGCGGAUGACAUAAUAGGCUCUGAUUCCUUCAGGGGAAAUGAGGAUGACGCCACCCCCGCAUGCUUUGGCGGCCGAUGAACCGUCAGUGAAGAGAGUCCAUGCUUCGUAUGGCUCUGGUCCGGGUGUGGUAGCGGCCGUCUCCCUGGCUGUGCACUCGGUGACGAAAUCAGCCAAGGCCUGCCCCUUGAUGGAUGGCCUCGGCUUAAUUUCGGUCUGGAAUUGGCUGAGGAAGAUCGCCCAUUUCACCAUUCGUGAGAAACUGGUGUGGCUCCGCAUGAGUGCGUCGAGGGGUUGCUGAGAUAAGACGUAGACGGCAUGGGCCUGGAAGUUGUGCCCUAGCUUUUUCACUGUAUGGACGAUGGCCAGUACCGU